AUGGGUAUUGCGACAUUGAACACGAUGGAUGAUAUUCCCGAGGAGAACGUGCAGACCUGUGCGGAUUAUGGCAAGAUGUUCUUCUAUACCUACAGGGAACGCUUCUUUGAGACCACUGUAGGUGAAGAGAUUGUGCUUCUCGGAGGCAGAUGGGACGGCACACGCCGUCAGGCUGUGCAUGCCCAGCUCACCUUUACGUCGUGA